CGGGGCGGGUGAGUUGCUUAACUGCAAGCGGGAAGAAAAAAAAACCACCCUGGAACCCCAACGGCGGCUACAGUUCCGCGCAUGCGUACAGCGACUGGCUGGGCGCCGCCGCGGAGUGUACGGCCGCGGUCGCGGAAAGGCGGUAGUCACUUCCCGGAAGAGGCGGAGCCGCGUGGCUGAGGCGCCGCAUUCAAGUGGUUUCCGGGGAGCCUUCCGGGCCUGAGUGCUAAGCCUCUGAACUCUAGGCUUUGCUUGGGGAGGGAUAAAGGAAGUUUUCGUUUUCUUUCUUUCUUUCUUUUUUUUUUUUUUUUUGAGUAGAGGAACAUUUAGAAACUUGGAGGCAGCAGUAGUUAGAAUUCAGACCAAACUGGUAAAUGACAGAAGGGGCGUCUUUCCAAAAUCCAAGGAAGCAGGGUUGUCCGGGUAAGUCCCUCGCGGAUCUGUGGAGAGACAGCCCCGCCCAGGCCCCUCUACCCGCUCCUUUGCAAUCUAAGGGCUAUUGCAAGCUGGUUGGAGGCGAGCUCUAUGCUCGCGUUCCUAUCUCGGCCGCCCCUCCUUCCAGGACACAGCCCGCGGUUCUCUCUGGGUCCAGUAGGACCGCGGCCCGGAACUCCCGGCCGGGCUCCGGCUCUCCGAGCCCGGGGUCUCCCCGCCCCACGGCUCGCCCCUGCGGGGGAGAUGUCCGUCGCCGCUAAGCACAGAGCCGAGGCCCUGGGUCCCAAAUGGUCUUGCCCGGGCCCCGUGGGGCAAAGUCCCACGCCAGGUGCGAGGCCAUCCUGGGCGAGCCUUUCUCGAUCACCCUGUGGGCACACUUGGGUGUUCCUCCUUUUCGGUGUUAACUCUGAAAAUAACUUCCCUCAUAGCAACUACCUUAAGGCUUUGUGGUUGUUUGUAUAUACAAUCUUUCUUUCCCGCCCCCACUCCCACCAGCUCGUGCCUGGUUUACAUUGUAAACCCUCUCAAUAAACAUCGGAACUAAAGAAAGUGUAAAUUCCUUGGCUUAGCUUUCAGUACUUUACUUUCCACUUCUGCCUUUACACAACUCUUCGCGUGACAUGCUAAUCUAGCUAUGUAAUCCACUUUCUAUACUCCAACACUUCCUUUCUAGAUGGAAAAAAGAUAUUUACCGCUAACCCAGAACACCCCCAAAGAAACUGAUGUCAAACUUAGGGUCUCCAAUAAAAAAAAUUCCUACCCCUUUACUUCUAAAGAUAAUCAAAUAUAUGCUCCUAUCCUAGCCCUUGUCAUGACACACAUAUGACAUAGUCAAAAUAGAUGAAAACUCUACAGCCUCUGACCGAAGUGUCCUUGGUAAGAGAUGGGAAACAGGGUUGGGAGGUCUCUGCUUAGCUGUCGCUUCCUUUAGGAAGCCUUCCUUGAUGCCCUACACUAGAUUUCAUGCAGUAUUAAUGUGACCAUGUGAAAAAUUUUAUUGUCAGCCACUGCUACAGGCAGCGUGGAAAAGAAGGAAGAAUGAAGAGGGACAACCAUUGACAUUUGAUAACCACCAGGAUGGGAGUAAAUGACUUGUGGCAAAUUUUGGAGCCUGUGAAACAACACGUACACUUGCACAGUCUCAGUGGGAAAACCAUUGCAGUUGAUCUGAGUCUCUGGGUAUGUGAAGCACAGACAGUCAAAAAAAUGAUUGGGACAGUCAUGAAGCCCCACCUCAGAAAUCUAUUUUUUCGUAUCUCAUAUUUAACGCUAAUGGAUGUAAAGCUGGUGUUUGUUAUGGAAGGGGAACCCCCGCACCUGAAAGCUGAUGUCAUCAGUAAGAGGAAUCAGGUCCGAUAUGGACCUUCUGGAAAAACAUGGUCUCAGAAAACAGGGAGAUCAUAUUUUAAGUCAGUCUUAAAGGAGUGUCUUGAUAUGCUGGAAUGCUUAGGAAUUCCCUGGGUCCAAGCUGCUGGUGAAGCUGAAGCCAUGUGUGCAUACCUCAACGCCAGUGGUUAUGUGGAUGGCUGCCUCACCAAUGAUGGAGACGCUUUCCUUUAUGGGGCCCAGACUGUUUACAGGAAUUUCACUAUGAACACCAAGGACCCACAUGUUGACUGUUACACAAUGUCAUCCAUCAAUAGUAAACUAGGUUUGAAUAGAGAUGCUCUGGUUGGGCUGGCAAUACUACUUGGCUGUGAUUAUCUUCCAAAGGGAGUCCCUGGAGUUGGAAAAGAGCAAGCAUUAAAACUGAUAAAGAUUUUGAAAGGGCAAAGUUUACUUCAGAGGUUUAAUCAGUGGAGUGAAAAAUCUUGCUACUCUAAUUCACAACCAGUACUUGUUAACAAACUGGCUCAUUGCUCUGUGUGUUCCCAUCCAGGUUCAUCUAAGGAUCAUGAACGUAAUGGAUGCAAAUUAUGUCAAACUGAUCGAUACUGUGAACCACAUGAUUAUGAAUACUCUUGUCCUUGUGAAUGGCACCGUACAGAACAUGAGAGGCAACUGAAUGCUGUAGAAAACAAUAUUAAGAAAAAAGCUUGCAGUUGUGAGGGAUUCCCAUUCCAUGAGGUUACUCAAGAAUUCCUUCUGAACAAGGAUAAAUUGGUGAAGACAGUCAGGUACCAAAGACCUGAUUUAUUAUUGUUUCAGAGAUUUACUUUUGAAAAAAUGGAGUGGCCCAAUCACUAUGCAUGUGAGAAAUUGUUGACACUGUUGACCCACUAUGACAUGACAGAAAGGAAGCUCGGUCGAAGGCACUCUAAUCAACUGCAGCCGAUUCGAAUCGUUAAAAACCGAAUCAGAAAUGGAGUUCAUUGUUUUGAAAUAGAAUGGGAAAAGCCUGAACAUUAUGCUAUAGAAGAUAAACAUGGAGAAUUGGCUGUACAAACAAUAGAAGAAGAGUCAUUGUUUGAAGCAGCUUAUCCUGAGAUUGUUGCUAUUUACCAAAAACAAAAGUCAGAAAAUAAAGGGAAGAAACAAAAAAGCAUGAAAAUUAAGUCUAAAGGAAACAGUUUGCUAGAAUCAGAUGAGAUGAUGAAAGUUCAGUCACAUAUGACUUUAAAACCCACAUGGGAAAUCUUUCCUGAUCAGAAUUCUAAGUUAAGCUUGGAAAUUUCCCCUGAUUCUACAUCACCCGAGGAAUCUAUUUCCACAUCAUUGAAUGUCUUGCUUUUAGCUGAAGAUGCUGCCUGUUUGACUACACAAGAACAGUUAAUAUCUUCUCCAAGAUCUUUGGCUAUGCAGCAAAUUAAAGAUAUCAGUAAGUCUCUAAUUGCAGAAUCUAGUCAACCUAGUACCUCAUCCCAUAAUAUAUCCGCAGUUGCUGAUCUGCACUUGAGCACCAUCGACUGGGAAGGUACUUCUUUUAGUACUUCUUUUAGUGAUUCUCCAGGCAUCCCCAGGAACACAUUUACUCAUGAUUUAAAAUCGGAACUUGAAACAGCUAUUCCUGACAGUUUUAAAAAUAAUCCAGAGCAGUUGUAUUGUGAAGCAGAACGGCACACCACCAGUGUUAAUAAACUGUCCUGUUGGGAUCUUCAGAAGACUAAUCCUGAGGAGCACCUACUUUCUGGCAUUAGUGAUUUACAUCUUCAGGAUUUACCCUUAAAGGAACGAAUACUUAUAAAAUCAUAUCCUCAGAAUACUGUAGAACCAGACGUUGGCCUAAAAACUUUGUCCCUACUUACUGUAAAAGAACAGUGUGUUGCUAAUAGUACUUCUCGUUGUCCACCACAUCUUUCCAAGGAUCUAGGAAUUCAUUUGCAAAAUGAAUCUAGAAACUGUAAAGUUCUAAAAGGAGACCAGCUAUUUCAAGAAAAUGAUAAAUCAAGUACAUCUGUACCCUUGUCUGUCAAUAACCCAGGAACGAAAACCUCCAGUGUUAGAACUGGGCCACCAAAUGCUACUUUAGAUCAUAGUAGAAAAGCUGGUGUUCAAAUCGCUCGGAAAACUGUAAUGAAGAAGAGCGUGUGCCUUGACAGACUUUCCUCUGAUGAAGAGAGUGUCCCAAAGUUUGGGAAAGCUAAAUCCACAACUCAAAAAAUGAAGCAGAGUUCUCAGAAGCAUAGCCCAACCCAGUUCAAGAAAAAUGAUCCCAACAAAUUGAGUAACCCUAAGGCAUAUAUUAAAGAAAUUGAGCAGUGUGUCCAGGCUUAUAAAACAGCUAGAAAUGAAGAAGCCUGUCUCCCAGAUGCAGCAAAAGAGCCUCCGAGUUUUCUACAUAACCAUAAGGAUAAAGAUGACUCUGGUACCUGUUUGGAUAGUCCUCUUCCUUUAAGUCAGAGAUUAAAACUAAGGUUCCAAAACACUUGAAAUUUAAAGUAUUCAGGUAUGACUUAGUAUUCUAAUACUGAUGGCAUUAGCAGAAGCAGAAGGAAGGUAUCUGAUUAAUGUGUAGUAGAAAAAUUUAAUGUAGUUCUAUAUAUUAUGAGACCCUUGCCAUUUUAAUCAAAACUGUAAUUAAAAUGUUCCCUAAAACUUUGGUUUUAAAGCAUUAUCCUCUGUGGUGAAAACUCCAGAUAAUGUAUAUUUUUAUAACAUACUUUUUCCAUUUUAAAAAAUAUCUUUAUUGAUUAUGCUUUAGUCAUAUCCUUGAAAUGUUAGCAUAGCACUAGACAGAGUAAACGCUGUACCCAUUUGUUCAUUUUUACUCAUUUCUUCCACAAGCCUCUAAAGCAUUUUUGGAUAUUACAACUUGUUCCCCGGAGGAUAACUCUUUAUAAUUGCCUGCAUUCUCAUGUCUUCUAUUGUACCUUUCUGGGAGUUACAUUUACUUUCAAUGUGAAGAUACUUUCAACUGCUCUUCCAGUUUCAGUAAUCUCAUUCUCUUUUGUGAAAUAAAAUUCACAAAACUGUAUAUAUAGUGAAA